UUCAACGUACAUGAGACUCUUACGGUUACAAAAUAUACAUUUUUUGUUUCUUGAAAAAGUUUAGAUUAAAGAGGAAGAGAAACAUGAAUAUACUACUUGCAAAGCCAAAAGCAAAGUUUCAGAUUUUAUCUUAAAAUUUCGAGAUCGAAAACAUAAAUGAGUUUAUUUUAUUGUACACGCUGACACAAAGAUAUCUAUCUAAAGAAAACCUUGUGAAUGAGAAGCCUUUGGCUACGACAGAGGUUAGGGGACUGUUGGAAUUAUAGGUGGGGACUUGACAAUGACCAGCUUUGGAGUAUCCCCUAGAGGCUUGACAGUGAUCGGCGUUAGACUUUUCGGAGGCUUGAAGAAGCCUGGAGGCCGAGGCUUGAAGAAGCUUGGAGGAGGAGGAGGAGGUGGGGCUACGUCAGGUGGAGGAUCGAAGUCUGGAGUUGGUGGUCGUGGUCUUCUAACUGGGACUGGUUUUGGAGUAGCCGGGAUCGGCUUGGGUAGGAAGACUUUCGGUGAGGGCUUGAAGGGGAAGACUUUUUGUGAGGACUUGAAGUUAAAAUAUUUCGGGAAAGGCUUAAAGAAACCGAUCCGUUGAUGUGGAUUUAGUUUCCUAGGAACAGAAGCGUAGGAGACUGCAAAGAAACCGACUAGUAGAGAGAUGAUUACAAAGGAGAGGCUUCGUUUUGUCUCAAGUCCCAUGUUUAAUGAGGUUUUUUUUUUUAUCUUUACCUCGACAGGUAUUGUUUUAUGGUUUAGU